CCUUGAAAUAGAUGUGUAUACUUCACAGACACUUUAAAUACAUUAUUGUGAGGUGUCCCACCUGCAUGGAAUCACAGAAUCUAACAGCUGUCUCAGAAUUCGUCCUCACGGGACUCUCAGACGAUCCAGAACUGCAGCCCCUUCUCUUUGGGCUGUUCCUGUCCAUGUACCUGGUCACCGUGCUCGGGAACCUGCUUAUCAUCCUGGCCGUCAGCUGUGACUCCCACCUCCACACCCCCAUGUACUUCUUCCUGGCCAACCUGUCCUUGGCUGACAUUGGUUUCAGCACCACUACAAUCCCCAAGAUGCUGGUGAACAUUGAAACACACAGCAAAUCUAUCACCUAUGCAGGCUGCGUAACUCAGGUGUCCUUUUUUUUUCUAUUUGGGUGUUUGGACAAUCUACUCCUGGCCGUAAUGGCCUAUGACCGGUUUGUAGCCAUUUGUCACCCCCUGAGCUACCCAGUCAUGAUGAAUCCAUGCUUAUGUGGCUUGUUGGUCCUUGUGUCAUUUUUCAGCAGCUUUUUGGAAUCUCAGAUUCACUGUUUGAUGGUGUCACAACUUACCUUCUGCACAAAUGUGGAAAUUCAUCAUUUCUUUUGUGAUGCACCUCAGCUUUUCCACCUUGCCUGCUCUGAUACCUCCAUUGACACCAUACUAAUGUAUUUUAUUGGUGCCGUUUUUGGUGGCAUUCCACUCUCAGGGAUCCUUUGCUCUUAUACUCGAAUUGUUUCCUCCAUUCUGAGAGUCCCAUCCACAGAUGGGAAGUACAAAGCCUUUUCUACCUGUGGCUCUCACCUGUCAGUUGUUUGUUUGUUUUACGGAACAAGUCUUGGAGUGUACCUCAGUUCAUCCAUCUCCCCCUCCCCCAGGAAGGGUGCAGUGGCCUCAGUGAUGUACACUGUUGUCACCCCCAUGAUGAACCCCUUCAUCUACAGCCUGAGGAACAGGGACAUCAAGAGGGCACUGUGGGGGAUAAUCAGAAAAACAGUCUAA